AUGACUAAAUACAGUGUAACCAACUACUUCCUCGUAAAUCUGUCGGUGGCAGAUUUAUUGGUAACAAUGGUCUGUAUGCCAAUUGCAGCUUGGGAUGCAUAUACAAUGUUAUGGAACUUCGGGGAAAUUACGUGUAAAAUUGCGAAGUAUCUUCAAGGUGUAUCUGUGGCAUCCAGUGUAUUUACAAUUACUGCGAUGGCGGUCGAUCGAUACCUGGCCAUAACUCAGCCCUUUGGGUUUUGUCGAUGGUUUAAUAAGAAAACUACGAUAAUUGUGAUAAUAGUGAUGUGGAUCACGUCAAUGGUGGUUUUUGCGCCGCUCCUAUUCGUUGGCGUUGCGAACGAGGAUGUACUAACAGACAAUCUAACGCUUGUAUUCUGCCAAGAAACUUGGGAUAAUUUUUAUAUAUCUCAGGAUAUAUUUGGAAUUGUGUGUUACAUUGUAAUGUUCGCCGUACCUGGAGCGAUAAUGCUAUUCGCCUAUUCCUUAAUGGGGAGGAAGCUGUGCUCAGUGCGACCACCAUUUGACAACGAAGGCAGCUGUAGCACACAACAGAGUUACAAACUGGUACGCGAACGAAAAAGGGUAGCAUGGAUCCUUCUACUACUGGCAUUAGUAUUCGCUUUUUGCUGGCUGCCUUAUAACACCAUAAACCUACUGAUUGACACAAGAAACGUAAAAUCACUUGACGUAAUAGACAAAAUGUCGACGAUGAAGCCCUACAUGCUGCUUUUAGGACAUGCCAACUCAGCCCUUAAUCCUGUCAUAUACUGCGUUAUGUCUCGGAAUUUUCGUAGAUCCGUAAAGGAACUUAUCUUCUUUACCAGAGUGAGCUUUGUGUCGCGUAGAAGUAAUCGUAUGCAGAAAAACACACGAUCAUGGUGGGGUUUGCAUGUACUCUAAGAUAGGUGUUCCAUGUAAGAAUAUUGAUCUAUCAAACAACUGUGAGGAAAUCCAUGCUGAAUUUUGUGGACUGGAGGUAACUGGUAAAAGUUUUCUGUUGAUUACGCUAUACCGAUCAAGUGCAGGAAAUUUUAAUAGGUUUUUAACCUUAUUUGAUCAACUUUUAAAUGAUUUUUGUGUAAAGUACUCCAAAAUUUGUGUUUUUGGGGAUUUUAAUGUACAUUUUGAUGGUAACUCAAAUGCCUUGCAGGAAUUAAAUAGUAUUAUCAAUAGCUUCGGUCUUAUUACCACAAUCCAAGAUUACACUCGAAUUACGAAUCACAGCAAAAGCUGCAUUGACAAUAUUCUUACCAACAUUGAUCCAAAAGAUAUAGAAACUGGGGUAAUCGAUCCAUGCCUGUCUGAUCAUUUUGGACAAUUCAUUAAAUGUAGUAUAACUACUAAUGCAGUAAAUCAGGGGAGUAAAGCUGGAAGAAUCACUUCAAGGGGAAUAAUUGACCUCAAAACAUUUUUAACCAACACCUAUGGAUCGACCUUUUACGAUUGCGAUAACGUAAAUUUCCUUACAAACUUUUUAAUUAACUCAUUGUCAAACACAAUCCGCAAAAACUCUCCUAUAGGGAAACUUAUAAAUAACUCACAACCAAUUAAAUGGUUUGACUCCAAACUGAAAAAGAUGCGUAAAACUGUAUCAAUUCUAAAGGAUGUUAGCAAUUGCAAUCCAAAAAAUGAUGCGUAUCGUCAAAUAUUUAUAAGCGCUCGUCAGGCGUAUAGGAAAGCAAUCGUUUCUACUAAACAAAAGGCUUACAGAGAUUAUAUUAAGAAUUCUACCAAUAAACAGAAAGAUAUUUGGAAAUUAAUUAACUACGAGAGAGGCCUAAGCAGUUCCACGAAAUCGGCUCCAGUUAUAGCACUUGACACUCUUAAUACGUUUUUUCUAAAUUCUGCGGUUGAAAUUAUAAAGACCAUACCAAAUGUCAAUUCACAUACUUUUUUGCACUGCAUUCCUCCAAAUAGAACAUCGUUUUUCCUCCAACCUAUUGUAGAGCAAGAUGUAAUGGAAGCAAUUAAUAAAAUGAAAAAGUCGAGUAGUUUAGAUAUAUAUGAUUUUAACAGUAUCAUUGUUAAAGAAAUUAGCUUGGAAAUAUUAAAACCUUUAACCCAUAUUUUCAAUGCUUGUCUAAGGCAAGGUGUAUUUCCGGACUGUUUAAAGCACGCAAGGGUAGUGCCUUUACAUAAAAAGGGAAGCACAAGUGACCCGGGAAAUUAUCGCCCUAUAUCAAUUGUACCAGUGGUAGGAAAAGUUUUUGAAAUAAUUUUGAAAGAUAGGUUAUCUAAGUUUUUAGAGGCACAAGGUGUCUUAAACUGCAACCAAUAUGGUUCUAGAGAGACUCGGUCGACCAUACAUGCCGUUUCAAAAGUUGUCGAAUAUGUGGUCGAAGGGCUCGAGAAAGGCGAGCAUGUAGGCAUCACGAUGUGUGAUUUAAGUAAAGCAUUCGAUUGCGUAUCGCAUAAUAUAUUGAUUGAUAAACUCGAAAAAUACGGAGUCAGAGGUGUGCCCUUAAAAUUAAUAGAAUCUUAUCUGAGCGAUAGAAAACAAUGUGUUAGCAUUGGCGGUAGUGCAUCAGCUAUUGGAACAGUCACUCAUGGUGUACCGCAAGGGUCGGUUUUGGGACCACUGCUGUUCGUGAUAUACAUUAACGACUUUCCAAACUUCCUUAAACCAAACAACAGCGUUUUAUAUGCAGAUGAUACCACUUUGGUCUCAAAUGCUAUUGACUGUACAGUUCUAGAUAAAAAUAUGGCGUCUCUAAGACUUAGGGCUGAAAGUUGGUUUAUAGCUAAUAAGCUAAAACUAAAUAGUAGUAAAACAAAUGAACUAUAUUUUUCGUGUCAGAAUGCACCUAGCUUAACAUCAAGUUUAUUAGGAAUCACACUUGACAAUAAUUUAAAUUGGAAAGGCCAUAUUGACCGCUUAGUCGGAAAACUGUCGUCUGUUCUUUUUGUUAUUAGACGACUUAGAGUAUUAGUAGAUAAUCUCACGCUAAUAAUAACUUAUAAAUCACUGUUCCAAUCUCAUCUUUUAUAUGGUGUAAGUUUAUGGGGAAAUGCAACUACGACUACGACAAUUAGGAUUUUUAGAUUGCAGAAGAAAGCAAUACGCCUAAUGAAAUUUGCCAAUCCAUUCGAUCAUUGUAAGCCCCUAUUUAUAGAACUGCAGCUCUUGACAUUGCCAUCUAUGUACAUUCUGGAAGUAUUAGUUAAUAUUCAUAAAAAAUCAUGCUUGAUGACAACGAAUAGUCAAUUUCACAAUUACAAUACCAGAUCUAAAAAUCAACUCCGUACCACAAGGUUCAGGCUAAACAAAUCAAUAAAAAACUCUCUUAAUGUUAAACUAUAUAAUCCUUUGCCGGACAAAAUAAAAAGGUAUAGUGUAAAAGAAUUUAAAAGCGUACUUAGGAAAUAUUUCUUAAGUAAAGCAUUCUAUUCCGUCGAAGAGUA